AUGGCUACUUUGGUGGAUGAAGCCAUGGAGAGCUACGUGUAUCCCUCGUACAGCCCCUAUUCCUACCGCUACCAGCCGCCGAAGGGCAAAGGAGGGCCGGGCCCCUGGCGGCAGCGGGGCGGGUACUUCUCCGGCUACGGCGAAACGGCGGCGGCGGCCGCGGCGGCGGCGGCAGAAUAUUUCGACAACUACCAGCGCGCGCAGCUGAAGGCCAUCCUGUCGCAGGUGAACCCCAACCUGACGCCGCGUUUGCGCAAGGCCAAUACCAAGGAGGUGGGCGUCCAGGUCAACCCGCGCCAGGACGCCUCGGUGCAGUGCUCGCUCGGGCCGCGGCCGCUGUUGUUGCGCCGUCGGGUUGCCAGCGGCGAGCAAGAGCAAGGCUGCCCGGUCAGCGGCGCCGCGCGGCCCGUGCGGUUCCCGAGGACGAUCGCCGACUACUCGCCGGAGAGCGGCGCCGAGCCCGAGGAGGGGGAGAAGCCGUCCUCGGCCCCCGACGGGGCGGAAGGCUCGCCGACGAAGCCUCCGGCGGGCAGCGUGGCCGAGGAGGAGCGGGAAGGCGAGACCGGGAAAGCCGCGACGUCGCAGCCGGUUCAGGAAGAGGCCGGGCCGAGCAAGACCCGCGUGCGCUUCCAGUUCCUAGAGCAGAAGUAUGGCUAUUACCACUGCAAGGACUGUAACAUUCGAUGGGAAAGCGCCUACGUCUGGUGCGUACAGGGCACAAACAAGGUUUACUUUAGGCAGUUCUGUCGAACUUGCCAGAAAUCUUACAACCCGUACCGUGUGGAGGAUAUUACCUGCCAAAGCUGCAAGCAGACCAGAUGUACCUGUCCUGUGAAACUGCGCCACGUGGAUCCCAAGAGACCUCAUCGUCAAGAUCUUUGUGGAAGAUGCAAAGGCAAACGGCUUUCUUGUGAUAGUACGUUUAGCUUCAAAUAUAUUAUUUAA